AUGGAGGCUAGUUAUACAUCAGUUCAUCUUAAACAUUCUAUAUUUCACAAACAUCCUGAUAAAUAUGAAGUUAAUGAAGAAAUUAAACUUGAAAUUCAAAAAAAUUUGCAUUUAAGUUCAAAAUAUACUCGAGAUGAUAAUCAAUUAAUUUUAGCAAAUAUCCUUUUAAAAGAAUAUGGAUAUAAUAUUAUUGUAGAUGCAACCUACAAAACUAAUGCAUUAGAUUAUGAACUUUAUUCUGUGAUUAGUCAAUUUGAUAGUUCUGGCUUUGCAAUGGCUUACUUAUUUGUUGAAAGAAUAAAUAAAAAGAAUAAUGCAUAUAUAGAAAUUCUAGCUUCUUUUUUUAAAGCAUUAAAAGAUUCAGGAUUGGAUCAAGUUUAUUUUUUUCUAACUGAUAAGGAUUUCUCACAAAUAUCUGCAGCUCAACAAAUUUGGCCAAAUAUUAAAGUUCAAAUUUGUUAUUGGCACUUAAAAAAACUUUUUGAAGAGUAUGAAUCUAUUUUACAAGAUGCUCUUGCUAUUGUGCAAGAACAACAUGCAGCAAGUAAUACUCAGUGGACACAGUCAGUUUAUAAAAGCUUUGAUGGAAUUCACACAAUAGUAAAUGAUAUUAAAAGUUAUAGAAGAAGGAAUACUAAUUCAUGA